UGAUGAGUGUUGAUGAAGCUGUGGCUAAAUCAAAGAAGAUAAUCAGCAGAAUUAAAUGUGAUGGGACUAAUUUGCUGGAUAAUCCCAGAUUUCUAUAAUAAUCAGAUUUUAGGUUUAAAUAUACAAAUUAAACCAUCUAUAGACAAUAUUACAACUUACAAUUUAAUGGUUAAAGCUCUCAUGUGUUUAUACUCUUGUAAAUUCCAGACUGUUUUCACACCGAGUUGCUUUCCCAGGGAAACAUCUAUUAUCCUAUUAUCACGACGAUGCCAAUGUCGCCGAUGUGUGAGGCAGUAUUUACAUGACUAUAUACCAUCAGCUCCUGAAAGACUUUAUGGCUUUGUAGUCACUGGGCAUUCUUUCUCCCUGAGACACUGGUGCCACAUUUCCCAAACGUUUCCAACUACACAUAAAACCUCAGUUCUGUAUUUCCAUGAACGUAUAUGACUGUGAUUUAAUAAUUAUAAACCAGAUAUAUAAUAUAUUGUAAAAACCCAAUUUGAGCUGUGUAGUUAUAUAUUUGUGGCCUGAGUGCAGCAGCUCAACUCCUCUUCAAAUCCCCCAAACCAUAAAUCACUACAAUAUUUCUAUAUCAGUAUGAUUAAUGUGGGGGUUUUAUUUGUCCCAUUUGUAAUACACAUUAUGGGGAUGAUAUAUACUGGAUAAUGCUUCAUUUCGUGGGAAAGGUGCAUAAGGAUUAGAGCCUGGGAACGACAGGUGAAUGAAUGAGGAGCUGUUUAACUGUCUGCGUCACUUCUUUGAAGUGCAAUCAAUGUCGUAGUCCACGCAUUUUCACAGCGAAACGUUACCUGCGGGACAAAUCUGUCAAUCAAAGGGGGGCAAGAGCAUAUAAAUAUCAUCAGCCAGCGUGGAGUCUGGCUACUUCUUCAGUUGCCUCUCUCUCUCUCUCUCUUGCCACUCAUAUCUGGGAUACUAAAGGAAACUAUCAGGCCUCCUGUUUGGAAUACAGCUGCUGCUAUGGGACCUUUGGAUUUCCUUCCAGUCGUGGUUCUAUCCAUGUGCUGUCAUCAUGCUCAGUUUGCAUUAGCUUGGACGGUGAAUAAUUUCCUCAUGACUGGACCGAAGGCUUUUCUGACCUAUGCAGGUAGUGUGCAAGUGGGCGCUCAGAGUGGAAUACACGAGUGUAAACACCAGUUCGCAUGGGAGAGGUGGAACUGCCCGGAAAACACGCUCCAAUUAUCCACACACAACGGCCUUCGAAGUGCCACAAAGGAGACGUCUUUCGUGCACGCCAUCAGUGCAGCCGGAGUGAUGUACACGCUCACCAAGAACUGCAGUAUGGGAGACUUUGACAACUGCGGCUGUGACGACUCCAGGAUUGGACAGACAGGUGGCAGAGGAUGGAUUUGGGGAGGUUGCAGUGACAAUGUGGCGUUUGGAGAGAAGAUCUCCAAACAGUUUGUUGACGCGCUGGAAGGUGGACAGGACUCGCGCGCAGCAGUCAACCUGCAUAACAACGAAGCAGGCAGACUGGCAAUCAAAGCUACCAUGAGGAGAGCCUGUAAGUGUCACGGAGUGUCAGGGAGCUGCAACAUCCAAACGUGCUGGAUGCAGCUGGCCGACUUCAGAGAGGUGGGCAACUACCUGAAGAUGAAGCACGGACACGCAAAGAAGCUGGAGAUGGACAAGAAGCCGGCGAGGGCAGGGAACAGCGCGGACAACCGAGGGGCCAUAGCGCACGCUUUCCGGAGCAUCGCUCGCACGGAGCUCGUUUACCUGGAAGAUUCCUCGGAUUACUGCGUGAGGAACCAGAGCCUGGGCAAUCAUGGCACUGAGGGGCGGGAGUGCCUGAAGGGCAACAAGAACAUGUCCCAGUGGGAGAGGAAGAGCUGCCGCAGGCUGUGCUACGGAUGCGGCCUCAGAGUGGUGGAGAAGCGCAUCGAGGUCGUCAGCAGCUGUAACUGCAAGUUCCACUGGUGCUGCACGGUGAAGUGCGACCGAUGCACUCAGGUUGUUACUAAGUAUUACUGCGCGCGUAAAGUCGGAGGGAGAAAACCGCAUAAUAAAACCAAGCGCAGGCACCGUGCGCGCCAGCACUGAUGGCACAUUUGUUGCAUAUAGACUAUCAUCAUUGCUUUUCAUUUAUUUUUUAGCAUUAUGGACAUCAAUAAGCUUUAUUCUGUAUCAUUUUCAACUCUCACCUGAAACCUUUUAAUGCACUUGAUUUAAAGGUCCCAUAUCGUGCUCAUUUUCAGGUUCAUACUUGUAUUUUGU